UCUUUCAGUUAUCCCAAACUCCCAUUCUCUCUCAUUUCAAUACACAUUCCUUUGUUUUUCUCGUAAAAAAAAUCAAAAUGGCAAACAACAAUAACGACUUUGGUAAUCCUUUGAAAAAGUUUAAGCUUGUGUUUCUUGGUGAACAAAGUGUUGGAAAGACCUCACUCAUCACUCGUUUUAUGUAUGACACUUUUGAUAAUACUUACCAGGCUACAAUUGGUAUUGAUUUCUUAUCGAAAACCAUGUAUCUUGACGAUCGUACUAUCCGCCUCCAAUUAUGGGAUACUGCCGGACAGGAAAGAUUUCGCUCGUUGAUCCCAAGUUACAUUCGUGAUUCUUCUGUGUGUGUUGUUGUGUACGAUAUUACAAGCCGAAACUCAUUUUCAAAUACAUCUAAAUGGAUCGAUGAUGUUCGUGCUGAGAGAGGAACGGAUGUAAUCAUCGUCCUAGUAGGAAACAAAACGGAUUUAAAUGAUAAAAGACAAGUCACUGUGGACGAAGGAGAGAAAAAGGCAAAAGAGUACAACAUUAUGUUUAUAGAAACCAGUGCCAAGGCGGGUUAUAAUGUGAAAGCUCUCUUCCGUAAGAUUGGAAAUGCGUUACCCGGUAUGGAUAACUCUUCUGAAGAUAAUCAAAGGGAACAAUUAACCAAAGUGGAUUUGACUGAUUCAUCCGCCCGAAAAGAAGAAAGUAGCGCGUGCGCUUGUUAAUUCUUUAUUCAUCCCUAUUAUUAUUCCUCCCUACCCCACCUCCUGAGAUACGAUAUUCCCAGAUUUAUUCUUAAUUCCUUUUAG